AUGUCCGCCGACUUCUGGGCUGGCUACUUGAGCGGUGCUAUUGGGAUCAUCAUCGGCAACCCGCUUGACAUUAUCAAGGUUCGACUGCAGGCGGGACAGCAUGCAGAAGUCGUUGCAUCAUCAACCACCCAGCAAUUGAGCCGCCUGGAGAGCGUCACUUCUCUGGUGCGAGGCUCCGCUGCUCCGAUACUGGGCUAUGGAGCCCUAAACGCUCUGCUCUUCGUGGCCUACAACCGGUCGUUGAUGACCCUGGACACAGCCAUUACAGACCCGACCUCACCCCAAGGGACGUCUCUGUACAAAGUGUGGCUCGCAGGUGCUGCAGGUGGACUAGCCAGCUGGACUGUAUCGUCUCCCACAGAGUUUAUCAAAUGUCGAGCCCAACUGGACACCCGGCCCGGGAUCUCCUCCUGGACCGUUGCCAAAGAUAUUAUUAGUACCCGAGGCUGGAGGGGCCUAUACUAUGCAGGAGGAAUCACUUGCGCCAGAGACGCCAUUGGCUAUGGGUUUUACUUCUGGUCUUACGAGUACUGUAAGCGUCUCAUGAACUCCGAGGACGAUACUACGAAUCUGGCUGCAUUGAAGAUCCUCCUCUGCGGCGGCAUUGCUGGCGUUGUCACCUGGGCGUCGGUCUUCCCUCUAGACGUGAUCAAGACAAGACUGCAGGCUGGGACAAUUGAAACAUCUCAAGAUCGCCCUCUUCUACCGUCUCGCAUACAAACACGCGAUGCAAGCUCAAUUAAGGUUGCCAGAGAGGUCUACCAGACUGAAGGUCUGAAGGCCUUUUACCGCGGCCUCGGGGUGUGUAGCUUUAGGGCAUUCAUCGUGAAUGCGGUUCAGUGGGCGACUUACGAAUGGCUUAUGAGAUAUCUACAAGAAGCCUGA